UUGAUUACAUGCUUUCUUUAUUUUACAGGAACCUCCACUGACGUUAGUCGAUUUGAUGGUUUCCUUGAGCAUGUCUUCGAGACCACUAUUGCUGGCGUCAGCAUACAAACACCUCAAUUAGACAUCAAUACCGUUGCUGCUGGCGGUGGAUCAUGUCUUAAAUUCCAGUCUGGUCUUUUUAAAGUUGGUCCCGAAUCUGCAGGAGCUCGUCCCGGUCCAAUCUCCUACGGCAGAGCUGGUGGUCGAUUGACAAUCACUGAUGCCAACCUUGUGCUUUCCCGCAUUCUCCCGCAUCACUUUCCUUGUAUCUUUGGUUUGCAAAACAAUCAGCCACUAAAUAAAGAUUUGGCGGUCUCUGCUAUGCUCAAAUUGACUGAAGAGGUUUGCCCAACUAGAAAUUUUUAA